GGUAAUGACCCCGUGGCCGAUUCUUCGCUUCCUGCAGGUCCAGAGCUGCAGGCAGCCAUGCCCAUCUGUGCAUGCGCUUCGUGGUUUCUCCCCGAGCCCCUGGAUAACUCUGCAGGACGGUCAGGGCAGGAGCGGUCUCCCCUUUGGCACUUGGAAACAUGGUAGCUCAGAGCAGCAAAGCGACUUGCCUGAGGACGCACAGCAGCAAAGUGGCGAUUGGCAGUGUGUUCCCUACGUGCCAAUCGCAUCGAAAGAGGAAAAAAGGGGCUGGAGUCAGGCUUGGCUUCCCACCAGGCUUCUACUGCGAAGUCCAUCCGUCCCAACCCUCAAGGCAGGGGUGGGGAACCUUUUUCCUGCCAACGGCCACUUGGAUAUUUAAAACGGCAUUCGCCGGCCAGGCCAUACAAAAGUGUCCACUUAGACAUUAGCCUGCUCUAUUUGCCAAACACUUCAUCCGCCCACCCCCAACGCCUUGUCAGAGCCGGACCAACGGAUUUCUCAGGCCUUCGGCGCCUGCGGGCGGACGUUCCCACCCCUGCCUGAGGGAGCCGCCCUGGCUUUGUGCUGGUCUCUCCCUCCCUGCUCUGGCCUCGUUAAAGAGGAAAACCCACACCCAGGGGUGAUCCUUGAGAAGACAGGUUUCCCUUGUUGCUCCGGUUGCGGUUCUGACUUGGGAUCAGGGGGGAAAAAAUCACUGCCCAUUUCCUGUUCAAACAAGAGAGAAUUGCCACACUUCCGGCCGGGCCGCCCCUCCCAUGGACUCUGCCUCCUGGGCCUCGGAGAUGCCCUGGGCACUGCGGAAAGCGGAGCAUGGACUCCCGGGAGGAGCCCGGUUCAGCGCCCCUCACAUGGGGCCCCAGCCCCCCCGGACUCCCCAUGGGGGCCUGGCCGAGGAGCGGGAAGCCAGGUGGGAGGAGAAAGAAGAGCUGGUCCUGCUCGCUCAUCGUGGCCUCUCUCCUGGGCGCCUUCGGCUCCUCCUUCCUGUACGGGUACAACCUCUCCGUGGUGAACGCCCCCACUCCGUACAUCAAGGCCUUUUACAAUGAGACGUGGGAGAGGAGGUGUGGAUACCCGAUCGACCCCGACACCCUGACGCUGCUCUGGUCGGUCACCGUGUCCAUAUUCGCCAUCGGUGGACUCGUGGGGACGUUCAUGGUGAAGCCGAUGGGAAAGUUUUGUGGGAGGAAGUGCACGUUACUGGUCAACAACAUCUUCGCGAUUGCCGCCGCGCUGCUGAUGGCCUGCUCGCUCCAGGCAGGAGCCUUUGAGAUGCUCAUCGUGGGCCGCUUCGUCAUGGGCGUGGAUGGAGGCAUCGCCCUCAGCGCGCUCCCCAUGUACCUGAGCGAGAUUUCGCCCAAGGAGAUCCGGGGCUCCCUGGGGCAGGUGACCGCCAUCUUCAUCUGCAUCGGGGUGUUCACCGGGCAGCUCCUGGGCCUGCCUGAGCUGCUGGGCAAGGAGAGCACCUGGCCGUACCUGUUUGGAGCCAUCGCCAUCCCCGCCUUGGUCCAGCUGGUGAGCCUGCCCUUCCUCCCGGAAAGCCCGCGCUACCUGCUGUGUGAGAAGCACGACCAGGCGGCAGCCGAGAAAGCCUUCCGGACGUUCCUGGGCAAGGAGGACGUGUCCCGAGAGGUGGAGGAGGCCCUGGCCGAGGGCCGCAUGCAGAGGAACAUCCACCUGGUGUCCGCGCUGGAGCUGCUCAGGACCCCCUUUGUCCGCUGGCAGGUCAUCACCGUGGUGGUCACCAUGGCCUGCUACCAGCUCUGCGGCCUCAACGCGAUUUGGUUCUACACCAACAGCAUCUUUGGGAAAGCAGGGAUCUCUCCGGAAAAGAUCCCCUACAUCACCCUGAGCACCGGUGGCAUUGAGACUCUGGCUGCCGUGCUCUCUGGCUUGGUCAUCGAGCGCCUGGGGCGGAGGCCCCUGCUCAUCGGCGGCUUCGGGCUGAUGACCCUCUUCUUUGGGAUCCUCACGGCCACGCUGACGCUGCAGGACCACGCCCCCUGGAUCCCUUACCUGAGCAUCGUCUGCAUCCUGGCUAUCAUUGCGUCCUUCUGCAGCGGCCCAGGCGGCAUCCCCUUUGUCCUGACCGGCGAGUUCUUCCAGCAGUCCCAGCGGCCGGCGGCCUUCGUCGUGGCAGGCACCGUCAACUGGCUCUCCAACUUCGCCGUGGGCCUCCUCUUCCCCUUCAUCCAGAAAAGCCUGGGCACCUACUGCUUCCUGGUCUUUGCCGCCAUCUGCUCCGCGGGUGCUCUCUACUUGUAUUUCGUCCUCCCUGAGACCAAAAACCGAACCCACGCCGAAAUCAGCCAGGCAUUUGCCAAAAGGAACAAGGCCUUCCCACCAGCGGAGAAGACAGACUCAGCCGUCACUAACGACAAGGCCACGAACAGGCCGAAACCAGAGGCCUCUUCCACGCUGGACAAUUACAUCAAAAGUGGGAUUAUCUAAACCACGGGGGCGGGGGGACAUUUUUUUCUACCAAGAGCCAUUGGAUAUUUGUGACAUCAUCCUCAGGCCAUACAAAAUCAUCCACUCAAAAAUCAGCCUGUUCUAUUGGGCCGAACCUUUCAUUAACUCACCCUAAGGCCUUGGCAGGGCCCGACCACAUGGUUCCUAGGGUUUUAACAGCCUCCGGGCCGGACGGUCCCUGCCCCGGUCACCACGGGUGGUCUCACCAUUUCAGAAAACCGAAGAUCCCCCACACGUUGAACAUUAGUAAGUAUUUAAAAAUGAGACUUUGCUCACUUAAUACUGCAACCAUUUGGGUGUCAUGCAUGGCCGAGCCCCCCAAACUCUUCUGGAAGCUGGAAUCAACCACCCCGUGUGUUAGCAGACCCAACAUUCUCCUAGACGGGUCUACGCCUGCCUUCUUCAUGUCUGAGCCCAUGGUUCCGAGGUGAAAUCGGGGAGGGAGCCCCCCAAUGGUGUCUGGAAGGAACGCAGUCCCUGCUCUAUCUGCCGUAGCCCUGAGCUGCCCCCAGUCACAUCCUGAGUCCCCAGUGCACCUGGGCUUGGGUCCUGGGCGCAGAUGUCCAGAACUUGGGUGAAGGACUCUUCAGACCGCCUGGCAAAUGCCUGGCUCCCAUCUCUGGCUCUGUCCUGUGGAUCUCUGGCUCAGGGGAGCCCGGUGCCAACCCCCCCUCUGCUCUGCCUUUCCUGGCUCUGUCCUACGGGGCUCAAGGCCUCCAGCCCUGAAGCACCAUCACCUCCACAGACCAGACAGGUCCCAGAGGACAGAGAGAGGACCCAGAUGUGGGAGACCCAGAGAGGCCGACGCAAGAAGUAGCGUUACAGGAGGUGGGGCAGGCCCUGCAAAUUGAACACUUUUCCGUCGGAGCCGUCAAACAAGGUUAAGGAUGACUCUGAGGCUGACACAGGCGUGGAGGGAAGGACGGGUGAUUGCCUGGUGCUGUCUGCCCCAAGGGUGCUUCGUGGUUGCCGAUCCCGGAAGAGAUUUCGCUGAAAGACAGCGUGUCAGUCAGGGCUCCCCAGAGGCACAGAAGUAUACACACAGGCGCACCCCGGAGAGUCUGCAGGCUCCGUUCCAGGCCACCACAGGAAAGCAAGUCUCACAAUGAAUGAGUCACACAAAUAUGUGGUUUCCUGGUGCAUCUAAACGUUGUUUUUACACUCUGUUGUAGUCUAUCUUGUGUGCAAUGGCAUUAUGUCUGAAGUAUGUACAUACUUUAAUUAAAAGCUAUUUAUUGGGAGAGAAAAAAAAACGCUAACCGUUUUCUGAGCCCUUCAGCAAGUCGCAGUCUUGUUGUUGUUGUUGUUGUUGGUGGUGGUGGUGGUGGUUAUGACAGAUGCCAGUCAGUCUUUUUGCUGGUGGAGGGUCUUGCCUCAGGGCUGAGGGCGGUGGUUGAUGGGGGGGGGGGGGUGGCUGAAGGCUGGGGAGGCAAGAAGGUUGGGGAGGCCAUUUCUUCCGACAGCGGUGAAGCUUGCCACACUGAUGGACUCUUCCUGUCACGCACGAUUUCUCUGAAGCGUGCGAUGCCGUGUGGUAGCGUCUUAUCCACAGUAGAACCUCUUUCAAAAUGGGAUUCAGUCCCCCCACAACCCUGCCACUGUUUUAUCAACCAAGUUUGUUAAAUGUUAUAAAUCUCUAGCUGUCAUUUCAAUGAUCUUCACGGCAUCUCCACCAGGAGAAAUGGUGCCGAUAGACAAGCUGAUGGGAGGUUGCCCACAAACCUUUUGUUUGCAAAAACAAAACAAACAAA